UGUUUAUCAGUACUCGUUAUCAUUGUUUACGUAUUCAAUAAAACUAAUUGAUAUGAGAUAUGAAUUGAAUUAAUCGGUAAAAUUAAAAGCCAGAGCUUAUAGUAAAGGCUAUACUGUAUUACAACGGCCUUCAAAGUGGGGACCCAUAGGACAGGCCAUUAGGAGGGGAACGACAGCUCCCAGACCUCUGUCUCCAACAACCAGUGCCUGUGAUUCCAGUUCUGACGACACGUUUUCAGAGGAAAAAACUUUUUGGGAGAAAAUACAAACUUUUCUUAUGGUUUUGUGUCUCAAUAAAAAUAUAUAUUUUCAAUAGGUUUUCAUUAGUGAGCGAAAAGAUUUUAACACGAUUUUGAUUGUGAUUUGUCAUUCAUUUAUGUCAACACUUGUGUCUCCUCUCUCUUGUCUCUCUUGACUCCCUCUCCGCUCUCUCCUUAUUAAUGAUUACUUUACGUCAUUUCAUACCAGUCUUAGAGAGUCUCGCAAACCAUUCCCAUCGCUGCGUCCAAAGAGCUCCUUAUUGUCAACGAUUACUCGUGCGUCCCAUCCAUACGACACUCGCGGCUAAUAUGUCUUCGCAGAAGUGGUAUCUCAACCAAACGGUCGAUGAGAGCGAUCCCGAACUCUUCAAACUGAUCCAGAAUGAGAAGAGGCGCCAGAAUCGGGGCCUCGAGAUGAUCGCCUCCGAGAACUUUACCAGCCUUUCGGUACUCCAAUGUCUGAGCAGUUGUCUCCAUAACAAGUACUCCGAAGGCUAUCCCGGACAGAGAUAUUAUGGAGGAAAUGAAGUGAUCGAUGAAAUCGAGAGAUUGUGCCAAAGACGCGCUCUCGAGACAUACGGUCUGAGCGCCGAUGAGUGGGGCGUCAAUGUUCAGCCAUAUUCCGGCUCUCCGGCCAACUUCGCUGUGUAUACAGCUCUGGUGGGACCGCACGGACGGAUCAUGGGUUUGGAUUUGCCAGACGGCGGUCAUCUCACUCACGGCUACUUCACCGAAAAGAAGAAGAUAUCGGCCACUUCUAUAUUCUUCGAGUCCAUGCCAUACAAAAUCAAUGUCUCGACCGGACUUAUCGAUUACGACGAACUCCAGCGAAACGCCAAACUCUUCAAACCGAAGCUAAUCAUCGCUGGCAUCAGUUGUUAUCCAAGAAAUCUCGAUUACAAGCGAUUCAAAGCGAUCGCUACGGAAAACGGUUCGCUAUUGAUGGCAGAUAUGGCACACGUGAGUGGUUUAGUGGCGGCCAAAUUGAUUCCCACGCCAUUCGAGUUCUGCGAUAUCGUUACGACCACUACUCACAAGACGCUGAGAGGACCGCGCGCUGGCGUUAUCUUCUAUCGCAAAGGCGUUAAAUCGGUUUCAAAGACCGGAGAGAAAGAGUUGUAUGACUUCGAGGAUAAGAUAAAUCAGGCGGUUUUCCCCGGCCUUCAGGGCGGCCCUCACGACAACACCAUCGCAGGCAUCGCCACAGCUAUGAAACAGGCGGCGACUCCUGAGUUCGCUGAAUACCAGAAACAAGUGAUAAAAAACGCCGCAACACUUGUGAAGGGCUUACAAUCUCGUGGCUAUACUUGUGUGACGGGCGGAACCGACAAUCACUUGGUUUGGGUCGAUCUAAGACCGAAGGGACUGAACGGCGCCAGAGCUGAACGAGUUUUGGAGGAGAUCUCAAUCGCGUGCAACAAAAACACAGUUCCCGGCGAUAAGUCUGCUCUAAACCCGGGAGGCGUCCGAUUGGGAACACCGGCUCUCACUACCAGAGGUCUGAAGGAGAGUGACAUCGAAAAGGUGGUCGAUUACAUCGAUGAAGGCCUGAAAUUAGCUCAAGAAAUCAAAGCUGCGUCGCCGGGAGUUUUGCUCAAAGACUUCGUCGCGACCAUGAAAUCGGAGAAAUAUCACUCAAAAAUCGUGUCUUUGAAGGAAAAUAUCGAGUCAUUUGCCGAAAAGUUUCAAAUGCCUGGAUAUGAGGACUAUUAAAAAGCCCUCCAAAUCACUAUUGAAUGCAUUUAAGAGUUAAAUGUCUAGUUUUUAUACAUUUUAAUACCAAAUCUUUGAAAUAAAGUUGUAGUUUAAAUGCAUACACAAUAUCAUCCAAAUAUAGAAAAAAAA